GAGUGUAGGGGGCAAAGACUGUAGACUACUUUGACCUGCUACCGUGCUCUAUGCUUGGGGCGGAAGUGCGGAAUUCUGGAUGGUUCUUUACGCAAUCCCUCUUUUCUGAGCACAGCCACACCACAGGAUGGCAGUGAGGCCGCCUUUCGAGGGAGGGGAAUGCUUGGGGUGCCUAACCAUUAACUAUCAAUGACCUGGUUAGGACUAUUGGAUUCUUGUGCUGAAUGUCAACUGUUUAUCUCACAAGUUAGGCAGAGAUGAGUUUCUUAGAAGAGGUGGAUAACAGCCUCAGCCUGGAGACAUGUCUGGAGUCUGGUGAUGACACGCAGUUGAGUGCUUGCUGUAUGCAGGCCUCGGGAGGAACCUUCCAGGGUUUCUCUCUUUCAAAGGGCCUGACCACCUUUGAAGGUAGAUGCUGUUACCUCCAAAUCACAGGCAGGAUACUGCUUCUUAGCCACCCAUGCUGGCCCGCGGAACCUGGGCUUGAUUCUGGCUAACUCCUUAUUCUUUCCCUUGUCCCUUCCCAGAGUCUGUUACCUGUGGGAAACUUUUGAUCGCCUAAGGGAUGGUUUUGUGGACACAUUCCAGUUUUUUCUUUUUAGCAGUAAACAUGAACGGUGCUUCCUGGAGCGUGAGGAACACGGUGCGCAGUGGUGCUCCGUUCAGCCAGACCCGUGGAAACCAUGAGUCAGUUUCAGAGAAGGCUUUCCAGGGUGCAUGGGCCCCUUCAGGAUCAUUCUUUCUCCCCUAAUAUAUGCCCACGCUGGGCUGAAGUUCUGCUCCCUGGCUGGUGUGACCCAGCUGCAGGGUCAGCCUCAAGAGGAGGCAGCAGGAGGUGCCUCACCUUGAAGCAGGGGUGAUGAAGCCCUCGCCAUCCACGGCGGGACGGUAGUAGUAGGAGGAGCCUAGACAGCUGAAAUGUGAGUUCGAGCAGAAAGCCUCAAGUCCUAACGAGAGCUGGCACAUGUGAGCUUCAGAUGGCAGAAAUAUCACUAGAAAUCCCUCCUGCAGAGGAAGCAUGGGGUUUCAUCACCUUAAAUGGUUUUGAACCAAUGAAGCUGUAUUCCCUUAAAAAGACGGACAGCCCAUCGUGUGAACUAUAGAGUUUGUGGACAGACUUAUAUUGGGUUCAUAGUGGCGUCAUGCACGCAGACUCCUGCGAGUUCCCCUAAGUUCUUAGAGGACUGCUUUGCCUUUGAUCUGAGAGUUGCAAAGUUCCAUAAAGAAUGGCCCUUGUGGAUAAGCACAAAGUCAAGAGACAGCGAUUGGACAGAAUUUGUGAAGGUAUCCGCCCCCAGAUCAUGAACGGCCCCCUGCAUCCCCGCCCCCUGGUGGCGCUGCUGGACGGCCGUGACUGCACUGUGGAGAUGCCCAUCCUGAAGGACCUGGCCACUGUGGCCUUCUGUGACGCACAGUCGACGCAGGAAAUCCACGAGAAGGUUCUAAACGAAGCCGUGGGUGCCAUGAUGUACCACACCAUCACCCUCACCAGGGAGGACCUGGAAAAGUUCAAGGCCCUGAGAGUGAUCGUGCGGAUAGGCAGUGGCUACGACAACGUGGACAUCAAGGCUGCCGGCGAGCUCGGAAUUGCUGUGUGCAACAUCCCGUCCGCAGCCGUGGAGGAGACAGCGGACUCCACCGUCUGCCACAUCCUCAAUCUGUACCGGAGGAACACGUGGCUGUACCAGGCACUGCGGGAAGGCACACGGGUUCAGAGCGUGGAGCAGAUCCGCGAGGUGGCCUCGGGAGCGGCCCGCAUCCGUGGGGAGACGCUGGGCCUCAUCGGCUUUGGUCGCACGGGGCAGGCGGUUGCAGUUCGAGCCAAGGCCUUUGGAUUCAGCGUCAUAUUUUAUGACCCCUACUUGCAGGAUGGGAUCGAGCGGUCCCUGGGCGUGCAGAGGGUCUACACCCUGCAGGAUUUGCUGUAUCAGAGCGACUGCGUCUCCUUGCACUGCAAUCUCAACGAACAUAACCACCACCUCAUCAAUGACUUUACCAUAAAGCAGAUGAGGCAGGGAGCAUUCCUUGUGAACGCAGCUCGUGGUGGCCUGGUGGACGAGAAAGCCUUAGCACAAGCCCUCAAGGAGGGCAGGAUACGAGGGGCAGCCCUCGACGUGCAUGAGUCGGAACCCUUCAGCUUUGCUCAGGGUCCGUUGAAAGAUGCCCCAAAUCUCAUCUGCACUCCUCACACUGCCUGGUACAGUGAGCAGGCGUCACUGGAGAUGAGGGAGGCAGCUGCCACCGAGAUCCGCCGAGCCAUCACAGGUCGCAUCCCAGAAAGCUUAAGAAAUUGUGUGAACAAGGAAUUCUUUGUCACAUCAGCGCCUUGGUCAGUAAUAGACCAACAAGCAAUUCAUCCUGAGCUCAAUGGUGCCACAUACAGAUAUCCGCCAGGCAUCGUGGGUGUGGCUCCAGGAGGACUUCCUGCAGCCAUGGAAGGGAUCAUCCCUGGAGGCAUCCCAGUGACUCACAACCUCCCGACAGUGGCACAUCCUUCCCAAGCACCCUCUCCCAACCAGCCCACAAAACACGGGGACAAUCGAGAGCACCCCAACGAGCAAUAGCAGAGAAUGCCGGAAGGUAAUCACUCAGAUACACUUGGGACCAAGAGACAGUGAAAAAUAGAUGAACUAAGAGAAAAAGAAUCGGAUGGUCUUUGUAACUGAUUCUGGACAUAUGCAUCAUUGAUGUUGCAGUGUUAAAACUACAAGAGCUAGAAAACUGAAGAUGUCGUCUGCUUACGGAAGCGCUGAAAGACUAGGAUGUGAUUUAUUAACGACCAACUUCUGUUAUUGUGUGUUAAGUUUUUCAUCUGUGCAUCAAAUCACAAAAAGAAUAAAUAGAGCUUUUUCCUUUAUCAGUCCCUUGGGCACAGCAGGUCCUGAACACCCUGCUCUACAAUGUUGCAUCAAGAGUUCAAACAACAAAAUAAAAAAUAUUAAGAGGAAAUCCCCAUCCUGUGACUUGAGUCCCUUAAGUCUACAGGGGCUGGUGACCUCUUUUUUGCUAAUAGGAAAAUCACAUUACUACAAAAUGGGGAGAAAACUGUUUGCCUGUGGUAGACACCUGCACGCAUAGGAUUGAAGACAGUACAGGCUCCUGUACAGAGAAGCGUCUGUCACAUCUGAACUGCAUACUGAGCGGGCAAGUUGGUUGUAAGUUCAGUAAAACCCUCUGAUGAUGCAAAAAAAAAAAAAAAAAAAAAAAAAAAGUAUUAAGUUUCACAAGCUGUUUGUACUCAAAUAUAUUUUCUCAGUUUCAGAUCCUCUGCUAUUUUAUUGAGUGGAAAGUCUUGAGCUAAAAGGGUUCAAGAAGAAUAAUGUUGCAUUUCCUUAUGUCUCAGGAAACACUUUUUAUGGUAACUUGUCAGAUUGUCUAUGAACAAACCCACUUUUUUAGACAUUGAUAAAGUCUUCUUUUCUUCACGUGAUAUUUUAUACAAGAACACUUCAGAUGUAUUAGAUGUGACUGAUUUUAACAAAUCCUAUUAGAUUUGUAUCAACUAGUUACAUGUUCUAUUCAUAGUCUUUUGUGAAUCAUUGCCUUUUUGUUUAAAAAGAUGGCCUAUUUUGAGCCUUUGUAUAGGUACAUUCCUGUUUUUGUGACAAAAGAAAAACUUUAAAAUUGUCCCAAACAGAAAAAUAAUGGCUAUCAGAAGUAUGUUUUGUUUUAGUGUGAGUUACCGUUACUGUAUUUGUUUAUUGUAAAGGUGGACAUUUAGCGUUCAGUGCAGUUUUCAAUAAAAAGUAAUUAAAAUUUGUUAAGUUCUGAAAUUCAAGUACAUCUCACUAAUGUAAAAGUUCUCUACUUGAGAUGUUUAAGGCAACUGCAUUGUCAAUUAGCCAAUUUCCAACUCUUGUUACUACAGGGUUCUAUCUAUCUAUCUGCCUAUUCCAUAACCAGACUCAAGACCGCUGACAGUUACCUCAUGUGAUAACAAAGUUUAAUUGAAAAAUUAAAACCUCACACAAGUCCAUCAUUAUCAAGUCAUGCCAUCCUUAAGAUGUAAUGGUGGGUUAGUGCUAAGUCAAUUCAAGAAAAAACAAAGUUGCUCAACUUUUAGAGUUCUGAUUUUAAUUUACCCCAAAGCAAAAUGACCUGGACCUGGUUCAAGGGAGGGAAGUGAACCUUGAAACUGUUUUGCCAGUAACCUCACAAACAAAAUGAUAUUUACAAAGAAGUGUUGCAAAAUAUGACUGAGUGAAGAACUUGAUUUAAUGGAUCUUCUUUUUAAACAGAAUUAAACCUUUAUACUAA